AUGUACAGAAAUGUAGAGGUUCAAAUUGGCCAAAUUGCUAGUUCCUUGAAUAAUCGAAAUCAAGGGGAAUUACCUAGCAAAACUGAGGUCAAUCCUAAAGAACAUGUUAAGGCCAUUACUCUUCGUAGUGGUAAACAAUUGGAAGAUCCUCCAGUGAGCGGAGGUAAGAAGGAUGAGAGUGAAGAAAAUGCUGAAAAACAGAGGAACCAAGAGGCAACUAUGGAGGGAAAUAGUCGGCAGAAUCCAAGAGAAACACAGCCAUCAUCUUCCACUAACAUUCCAAUACCUCCUGCGGUUCCAUUUCCUCAAAGAUUAAAACAGAAUAAGUUUGAUAAAGAUUUUGAAAAAUUUGUUAAAAUGUUCAAACAAUUGCACAUUAACAUUCCUUUUGCUGAUGCUAUAUUGCAGAUUCCAUCUUAUGCGAAAUUUCUCAAAGAAAUCAUGACACGAAAGAGGAAGUUGGAAGACUGCGAGACAAUAGCAUUGACGGAGGAGUGUAGUGCAAUUAUACAAAAUAAACUACCACCGAAAUUGAAGGAUCCAGGAAGUUUCUCUAUACCUUGCACCAUAGGUAGUAUUAAUUUUUCUAAAGCAUUAUGUGAUCUUGGUGCUAGUGUAUCAUUGAUUCCUUUAACGGUGGCUAGACAACUAGGUUUGCAUGAACUUAAACGAACUAAUAUUACCUUGCAGUUAGCGGACAGGUCUAUUAGACAUCCAUUAGGAGUGUUGGAAAAUGUAUUGAUAAAAGUUCAAAAAUUUAUCAUUCCAGUGGAUUUUGUGGUGUUAGAUAUGGAAGAGGAUGUAUCUAUGCCAAUUAUUCUUGGUAGACCGUUUUUAGCUACUGCAGGUACUAUUAUUGAUGUUAAAAAUGGCAAACUCAAGUUUCAAAUAGGUGAAGAAGAGGUAGAGUUUAAUUUGCAUGAAAUGGAAAAAUACCCUUCUUUUACCGAUCAUGCAUAUUCUAUCGGCACAAUUGAAAAACUAACUCAAGAGCUGAGCCAAGUCAAUUUUGACUUCGAUCCUCUUGAGUAUUGUUUAAUGAGUUCAGGUAUGCAAGAUGGAGAUUCUGAAGAAAUUGAAGAAUUGGUCAAGUAUUUGAAUUUUCAAGCACCUUAUAAACGGGGUAAUGUAUACGAGAGUCUUGGCCAAGGAAAAGGGUUUUCACAACCUUCAGAAAUUGAACCUCCAAGGUUAGAGCUUAAGCCACUUCCAACUCAUCUAAGGUAUGAAUUUCUUGGAGAGAAUAGCACUUUACCUGUAAUUGUUAGUGCUGACCUUGAUGAUGAGCAGUGUACUAAAUUGCUAAGAGUUCUAAGGAGGCGAUAUAACCAAAUAGCUAUAGCUCCAGAGGAUCAAGAAAAGACCACAUUUACAUGUCCUUAUGGCACUUUUGCCUUUAGAAGAAUGCCAUUUGCACCACCUCCUCCUCCGCCACAGACCAACUGGCAGCGGCUUUUCGGUCGCUUGGACGACAUCGACCAUCAUUUAGCCAGAAUGGAUACUCGCCUGGACCGAAUUGAAGAUCAUUUAGGCACACGCCCACCUCCCAUCGAUGAUGAUGAAGAUGACAAUGAAGAGGAUGAUUGA